AUGAGCACCGGUAGUCGUGAAUCUGCGAAGAAGCUGUCCAAAGAGGGCUCACAUCACACGAGCCGAUUUAAUGCUUCCGUGUUGAUGCUGAGCUCAUUAGGAUUUGCUCAAGUUGUAGCGCAAUGGAUCGUCGUCAAGGCCACGCUGCUCAUUGCCCAAUUGCUCAUCCUUAUCUUGUGUGCUUUCUCGCAUGAGUGGAACUUCAUUCAUGGUGAUGCUUUAACACGUCAUCGUCGAACCCACUUCAACGUCGCCAAUCCAGAACCACCGACACCUGGCGAUGUGGCAGUGACACACUCGAGCGAGAAAGAAAGCAAGAAAACUGCUUUCACAGACCAGCGUGACGCGCAUUAUGCCGGAAUGUUCACGAUUGCGAUGCAGAGAAAUAAAGAAAUGGAGAUGAUGAGAUCAGCGUGUUCUUCGUUGGACGUUGCCCAACUGCAAAAUGUCGAAUUGAAGCCUGCAGAUCCAGAACAAGACAAGAAGGAACACGAAGAGAAAAAGAAGAAGGAAACCGAGGAAUAUCUCAAGCAGUUUGACAAACCGUUCACCUGGACAUAUAUGUAG